AUGUAGUGGCCCCCGGCCCCUGGUGCUUCUCCAUGUCUAAGCUGGGCCUCCUCGCUCGCCUGCUCCAUGGCCACGACGCUCCUGAGCCGCGCCAGCCAGGCUCCCCUCAUGGCGGCCAAGUGGUUCAAGGAGUUCCCCUUGAACCUGAAGACAGUGUCGGAGCGGGCCAAGCCUGGCAGCAGGGGAGGCGGCAAAUUGAGCAAGAACUCAGAGGCGGGUGGCACGGGGCCCGCCCUGGGCAAGGGACGAAAGAACUCAGCGGCUGAGCUGGGGAGCAGACGGGCCGUGGUCGGCCCCCUCAAGGAUAGCCGGCUAUCCCGAGACAGCCUGCAGGGUCUGAUUCAGGCUGCCGCGGGCAAGGGCCGCAAGAACUUCUGGGCCACCGAGGAGGAGCCCCACUGGGGUGCGGCCAAGAGCUCAGGCUGCAGCACCUACGUCAACAGGCUCAUCAAGGUGGACACUCAGGAGAAGCAUGGGAAGAGCGACUACCCCAGCAGCAGUAGUAGCAGCAGCAGUAGUAACAGCAGCUUUUCCUCCACGUCCUCUUCCCCUUCCUCCCUGGGACCCGAACUGGACAAGGGCAAGAUUAUUAAGCAGCAAGACACGGUCAUCAUUUUAGAAGACUACGCUGACCCUUAUGAUGCUAAAUGGACGAAAGGCCAAAGGGAUGCAGAGAGAGUAGGGGAGAAUGAUGGAUACAUGGAACCCUAUGAUGCACAACCAAUGAUAACAGAAAUCAGACGACGAGGUUCCAAAGACCCCCUGGUGAAGGCUCUUCAGCUGCUCGACAGCCCCUGUGAGCCAGGGGAGAACGGCAUGAAGCCCGAGCUGCUGGCCAAGAGACGGAACUCCAAGGAGCUGCUGGGGAAGCUGCCGCAGCUGUACGACACGCCCUACGAGCCGGCAGCCGAAGGCGGCCAGCGCGCCGAGGGGCCGGAGCGGAAGGCGCAGCUGCCCCAGGACGAUGAGAGGCCUGCGGCCAAGUACGAGCAGCCCUGGGAGUGGAAGAAGGAGCAGAUCGUGUGGGCGAUGCCGGUUCAGUUUGAAGGCUCUGAGCAACCUUCCGUCAAGGAGGAGACAGUGAGGCAACACCACCGACAGAAGAGCUGGACCCAGAAGAUCUUGAAGCCAACCCUCUCUGAUUACAGUGAGGGGGAAAGAGUGGACUCAGCCCUCCUGCUGGAGAAGCAGCCUUGGUAUCAUGGUGCCAUCACCCGUGCUGAGGCUGAGAGUCGACUACAACCCUGUAAAGAAGCUGGGCACCUAGUUUGAAACAGCGAGUCAGGGACCAGUAGUUACUCCAUUGCACUAAAGACUAGUCAAGGAUGUGUCCGCAUCAUAGUGGCUCAGACCAAAGACAACAAGUAUACCCUGAAUCAGAUGAGUGCUGUCUUUGACAGCAUCCCGGAAGUGAUACACUAUUAUUCCAAUGAGAAGCUGCCUUUCAAGGGGGCAGAACAUAUGACCUUGCUCUACCCUGUGCACAGCAAGCUGCACUAA